AUGUUAUGGCGGCCAUGGCGUCGCGUCACAGUGGCUACAGCCCGACGUGGCCAUUGCCCAGCGCUGGUCAUCAACGUAUCCAGAAGGUCUGCACCGGCAGGAAGCAGACACUGCUGUUCGCGUGCCGGGACCACCACAGCCGCUACUUCCGCUGCUACCAGUCCACUGGACUGCAGGACGUCCGGUAACCAUGUGGUCGUGGGCAUGUCUGGUGGCGUCGACUCGUCCGUCGCGGCGGUGCUGCUCAAGCGUCAGGGGUACCACGUCACGGGCGUGUACAUGCAGAACUGGGACCCGAGCGACGAACAAGGCCGUGCCGCGUGCCCGAUCGACGCAGACUACAGCGACGUCGAGAACGUCUGUCAGCAGCUCAACAUUGAAGCCAAGCGGGUCAACUUGGUGCAGUCGUACUGGAACCACGUGUUUGCGCCUUGUCUCGACGGCUACGCGCAAGGGCUGACGCCGAAUCCCGAUGUCCUGUGCAACCGCGAGAUCAAGUUCAAGGCCUUUACUGACUACGCCAAAAUGAUAGGGGCCGAUUACGUUGCGACGGGUCACUACGCUGCCCUGCGGCCGGUCGAAGCAGGGAGCGCGGCUCGCUGUCUGUAUGCGGCGCGCGACCGGUCGAAAGACCAGAGCUACUUCUUGUCGAGCGUCAGCGGCAGCGCGUUCGCCAACGUGCUGUUCCCACUGGGCGACAUGGACAAGACGGCCGUGCGUCGCCUCGCAGCGCAGGAAGGGCUCUGCACGGCCACAAAGCGCGACUCGGUCGGCAUGUGCUUCAUUGGCAAGCGCAAGUUUGCCGACUUUAUCCACCAGUACGUGCAGCAGCAGCACGGGCACUUUUCCUCGCUCGAAGGCGCGCGGCUGCACCCGCAUCAGGGCUUUGCGGCCUACACAGUGGGCCAAGGCGCCCGGGUGCCUGGCAUGGCAGCGAAGUGGUUUGUCGUGGGGAAGCACCAGCGCGACCACUCGGUGACGAUCGCCCAAGGCACGCGCCACCCCGCGCUCUUCUCGGACGCCCUCUUUGCGUCAAUGGGGCAGUUCAACUGGAUCGCUGGACAAGUGCCGCGCGAGCUGUCUGCAAGUGGUGGCCGUCUGCGCUGUUUCUACCGGGUCCGGUACCGUCAAGAGCUCGACGAGUGCACAGUGUCGCUCGUCUCGAGGGCCGAUGCGCGAGCAGGUGCAAGUACACUGUCUGACUGGCCGACAGCGCACGGGGCACUGCUGGACGACGAGCAAGAAGCGACGGGCAGUAACUGCUACUUGCGAGUCGACUUUGACCAUCCGCAGCGUGGGAUCGCACCUGAGCAGGCGCUUGUGCUGUAUCGGGCAGAUGGACUGUGCUAUGGCGGAGGACCAAUUGCAACAGCCGCGCAGACGUACUAUGAACAGCACAAGUCAGUGGCAGACAGCGUAUGGGAUUGGCAUCGACAGGGACAGAAAGAGGUAGUGGGAAGAGGUGCAGCCUGA